CAUGCAUCUCUUCCAAGUUUUCCACUCACAUUUGAGAUAAGACCAAAUCUGAAGAGGUGAUUAAAAAGAAAAAGAGUGAGAAGCUAAAAGAAAAUGAGAGAAGAAGAAGAGGCUCAAGCAGAAGCUGAAAUGUGGAAGUACGUGUUUGGGUUUACUAAUAUGGCAGUUGUCAAGUGUGCCAUUGAGCUUGGAAUAGCCGAUGCCAUCGAAAAUCGUAAAGAACCCGUCACUCUUUCAGAGCUAUCAUCUACUCUUGGAUGUGCUCCAUCAUCUCUUUAUCGCAUAAUGAGGUUCUUGAUGCAUCAUAAUAUAUUCAAAGAGAUACCUACCCACCAAGGCACCAGUAUAGGUUAUGUCCAUACGCCUCUCUCUCGCCGUUUGCUCGGUCGGGGAGAGGACAACAUGGCUGCUUUUUUAUUGCUAGAAAGCAGUCCUGUGAUGCUAGCCCCAUGGCAUUUUCUGAGUGCUCGGGUUCAACAAAAUGGAAGAGCAGCGUUUGAGGCUGUUCAUGGUGAUGAUGUAUGGAAAUAUGCAGCAGCAAACCCUGGUCACAGCAAGCUGAUAGAUGAUGCUAUGGCUUGUAAUGCUAGGACUGCUGUGACUACAAUAAUUGAACAGUGUCCAAAGGUGUUUGAUGGGAUUAAAACUUUAGUAGAUGUUGGUGGGGGUAAUGGGACUGCUCUGCGAAUGCUGGUUAAGGCUUUUCCAUGGAUUCAGGGCAUUAACUUCGAUCUUCAUCAUGUUGUCUCUAUUGCACAUGAAUGUAACAACGUUACGUAUAUUGGAGGUGACAUGUUUGAGAGUGUUCCAAAGGCUGAUGCUGCUUUCCUCAUGUGGGUUCUACAUGAUUGGAAUGAUGACGACUGCAUCCAAAUCCUGAAGAAAUGCAAGGAAGCUGUUACAGAAGGUAAUGGGAAGGUGAUAAUCGUUGAAGCUGUGAUUGGUGAAGCGAAGGACGACAAGCUUGAGUAUGUUAGGCUGAUGCUAGAUAUGGUGAUGAUGGCUCACACUAAUACAGGUAAAGAGAGGACCUCAAAGGAAUGGGGAUAUGUUCUUCAGAAGGCUGGCUUUCGCUCUCACACUAUUAAACCCAUUGGUGCUGUACAGUCUGUCAUUGAAGCCUUCCCUUAAUGUUUAAAGCAACUUUGGGUUUGCUUAAAAAUUUCCUUCUAUUAAUGCAGAAAUGGCAAGUAUGACAUUUCCUUUUAAUGUUUGUUUGUCUUUUGUAAUUUGGAUGUAUUCCACCAAUAAUAUAAAUGUGGCAGGAUUUGCUGGUAA